CUUCUCUCUUUUGUAUCCUGUUCAGCUCUGAACUUUCUACAAGAGCCUAGGUUGCGACCUAAUCGCCAUCGUUCUACAACGUUAUCAUGGGAGCUCUUCGGUGGCUCUCCAUUGUUGCUGUCGCAUCGGUGGCUUCAGCACUGACCCCCGAGCAAUUGAUUAGUGCUCCGCGGAGGGACGACGUCCUUCCCAACCCAUCUGGAGCUGUCGGACUCUUCUCAGUCUCCCAGUACUCCUUUGACACUCAUUCCGGCAGCUCAUGGUGGAGUUUGAUUGACCUGCGCUCGGGUGAGACUAGCACUCUCACUAACGAUAGCAAUGUCUCUGAGAUCAUCUGGCUUGGCACCGAUGACUCCACUAUCCUCUACAUCAACAGUACCAACGCGGACAUCCCUGGAGGCGUUGAGUUGUGGAUUUCGGACGUUGUAGACUUCGCCAAUGGAUACAAGGCAGCUUCAUUGCCAGCCAAUUUUCUUGGUCUCAAGACAGCCGUCACAGACUCAGGCGACGUACGCUUCAUUCUUCGUGGCAAAGCCUAUGGCAACGGCACAGCCUAUAACGACAAGUUAGCUGGAACGUCCCUGAGCUCUGCUCGGAUCUAUGAUAGCCUCUACAUCCGUCAUUGGGACACAUACCUCACUCCACCAUCUCAUGCUGUGUUCUCGGGCACAUUGCGCAGCUCGUCUGAUGGUGACAGCACUGGCCACUAUACUUCAGAUGGCAGCCUUACGAACUUGGUGUCCCCCAUCAAAAAUGCUGAGAGCCCUUAUCCUCCCUUUGGAGGAACCUCGGACUAUGACCUCUCCCCGGACGGCAACUGGGUCGCUUUCAAGAGCAAAGCGCCAGAGCUACCCCGGGCCAACCUGACAACUUCAUAUAUCUAUCUUGUGCCUCAUGAUGGAUCUAAGACGGCAUUUGCCAUCAAUGGACCCAAGAGUGUCGUCACGCCCGCUGGCGUCGAGGGUGACUCAAGUAAUCCAGUCUUCUCUCCUAACAGUGACAAGCUGGCAUACCUUCAGAUGAAGGACAGACAAUACGAGUCGGACAGACGCACCUUGUACGUCUACACUCUUGGUACUAAUGAGUCCAUCUCAGCAGUUGCCAAGGAUUGGGAUCGGUCUCCGGACACAUUGGCCUGGGUCGAUUCAGACAACCUGGUCGUUACAAGUGAAGAUUUCGGUCGGUCUAGGUUGUUUUCUGUUCCAGCAGAUGCGGGUGAUGAUUUCAAGCCUAAGAAUUUCACCGAUGGUGGCUCCGUAGCUGCGUAUCAUGUGCUACCAGAUUCCACCAUCUUGGUAACCGGGAAGGCGCUCUGGACCAGCUGGGCUGUCUAUACAGCUAGUCCUAAGCAAGGAGUCAUCAGCAUAUUGGUUUCCGCUAACGAGAUAGACCCCGAGCUUGCCGGGUUGAGUUCUGCUGAUAUCGACGAGUUCUACUACCAAGGCAACUGGACCGAAAUUCAAUCUUGGAUCAUCUACCCUGAGGGCUUUGACAAGAGCAAAACGUACCCAUUCGUUUUGUACAUCCACGGCGGACCCCAAGGCUCGUGGGCUGAUUCCUGGAGCACGCGCUGGAACCCCAAGGUCUUCGCAGACCAGGGCUAUGUGGUCAUCGCCCCGAACCCGACAGGCAGUACUGGGUUCGGUGAUGCACUGACCGAUGCUAUCGCAAAUGACUGGGGAGGUGCCCCAUAUGACGACCUCGUGAAAGCCUGGCAAUACGUCCACGACAACUUCGACUUCAUCGACACAGACCACGGCGUCGCCGCCGGCGCCAGCUACGGCGGCUUCAUGGUCAACUGGAUUCAGGGCUCGGAUCUCGGCCGGAAGCUCAAGGCCCUCGUCUCCCACGACGGGACCUUUGUCGCCGAUGCGAAGAUCGCCACAGAUGAGCUAUGGUUCAUCGAGCAUGACUUCAACGGCACCUUCUGGGCCAACCGCGACAACUACCGUCGAUUCGACCCCUCCGCCCCCGAACGCAUCCUCCAGUUCUCGACUCCGCAACUGGUCAUCCACAGCGACAAGGACUACCGACUCUCCGUUGCCGAGGGUAUUGCGCUGUUCAAUGUUCUCCAGGAACGGGGCGUGCCGAGUCGGUUCCUGAACUUCCCGGAUGAGAACCACUGGGUCACCAACCAAGAGAACAGCCUCGUCUGGCACCAGCAGGUGCUGGGGUGGUUGAACCGAUACUCGGGCGUGGCGGAAUCGAAUCCGGACGCGGUCUCGUUGGAGGAUACGGUGGUGCCGGUGGUGGACUUCGAUUCUUGAUUCAGCGGUGUCGAAUCGAGUGCUGGGGAGCGCUUCGUACAGCAGGCUGGCUAGCUCUGUCGGGUUGUCACGGUUAUUCUCGCGAUGAUACCCUAACUCAUCAGUCGUGCAACAUGACC